CGCAUGGUGGCAGGCGGGCCAGCCCCCCGCCCCGCCGGGCUGGACGGCACGUCAGCCCUUGGCGGCCUGCUAGAGGCAACAGUCGGGUAGAGGAACCCGUGGAGGAACCCCUGGUCGGGUUAUGGGCCUCUGGCGCGUUUCCCCCCCCAAAAAAAGUUUCCGCGACUCAGGGCCGACACCUGCAGAGCUUUACCCGGCUCACACGGCGCUGUUGGCGCUCAACCCAAGCUCUGCCUUGAGCGCUGCAGCUUGUGUGCGGGUGUGUGUGGGUGCUGUGCAUGACGGUGCAUGCAUGGUGCUGCAGGCCCACGGGUCACCCGUCAGCUCAGCUCGGGAGAGGAGCCCGCUGGGCAACGCGCCACCCACCUCGGACCAACACCACCACAGCAGCUCUCAACAACAUGGCUUUCAGCAGCACCAGCAGCAGCACCAGCAGCGCAAUUAUCAGCAGCUGCCGGCGGUUCGUGACCUUCGCGGCCGCGUGGCGCUGGUCACCGGCGCCACCAGCGGGCUGGGGCUGGAGGCGGCGGCAGCGCUGGCGGCCCGCGGGGCCACGGUGCUGUUCGGGGCGCGCAACCCGGACAAGGCGGCACGUGUGGCGGUGGACAUACGGGCACGGUUCGCGCCAGACGCGGAUCUGGAUCUCAUCCUGCCCUCCAAGCACUGGCCGCAGCCCCACACCUCUACACACAGCGCUAACGCCAGCGACACCAAGAGCAGCGACAGCCCCCAGCACGCCAGCGGUGGCGGCCGCCACGGGGGCCUGUGUGUCCCCGCUCUGGAUCUGGCCGACCCCCCGUCUAUAUCCCGCUUCGCAGCCGCAUUGCUAGGCCCGACGACCGGGUCAGGUGGCCGGGGUGGCCUGGUUCAGGAGAAUGAGAAGGAGCAACACCAGGCGGAGGGGGCAGCGCCUGGCAACGGCGGAGGCAACGGCGGAGGGGGUGCUGGUGGCGGUGGCGGCGAGGGCGUGUGGCGGCUGCCGCUGCACAUCCUGAUCAACAACGCCGGGAGCAGCCUGCUGCCGCCGGGGCCGCGCAGCGGGAUCACGGCCUGGGGCGUCAACGGCCUGGCGCAGGUCAACUACCUGGGUGCCUACCAGCUGACUCGCCUGCUGGCGCCCAAGCUGAUUGAGGGCGUCCGGGCGGAGGCUGCAGCUGCAGCUGCCGCUGCUGCUACUGCCCCUGCGGCUACAACUGGUCCCGAAGCCACCAGCAGCAACAACGACAACAUCCACAGCGGCACCACCGGUAGCAGUAGCAGCAGCAGCAGUAGCAGCAGCGGUAGCGCGGGCGGCGGCAUCAGCCGUGUGGCGGGCCGUGUGGUGGCGGUGAGCAGUGUGACGCACCGCUGCUACGAGCUGCCGGCGGACCCGCGGCUGUUCCUGCACGCCACGGCCGACAUCACCUACGCCUGGACCAAGAGCGCCAACGUGCUGUUUGCAUACGAGCUACAACGCCGCCUGGGGGAGUACGGCAUCCAGUCGUGUGCGGUGGACCCGGGCGGCGUGCGCACCGCCAUCUGGGACGAGGUGCCCGCGCUGGCGGUGCCGCCCGCCAAGUGGGUGAUUGAGGCUCUGUACGCGCCGCCGUCUGACGGCGCCGCAGUGCUGGUGGAGGCGGCCACACGGCCCUGGGACCAGGGGCCGUGGCGCGUGUGGUGGCGUGUCGUGAAACCCAGUCUGUACGGCACCAGCGUGAUCCUGCACUCACUGGCCGACUACCCCGUACGGCACUGGAGCGGCGGCAGGCUGUUCAACGCGGUGGUGCCGGUCCGCUCCGCCGGCCAGACCUACAGUGGCGCGCUGGCGGCGGCCCUGUGGGAGUACAGCGCCCACCUCAUCGACACCAUCACCGCCGCCACCGCCGCCACCGCCACCGGAACGCCUGCGGCCCCCGGCUCAGCCCCGGCCCACGGCUGGGCCGCGGCGGCGGCGGCGAAGGCGGCGCGCACGCAUGACGAGGGGUUCACGUUCGCGCAGCCUACGCCGGCACCUCACGGCCCCGGCGCCGCCCCCGGCCCUGGCACUGGCACUGGCGGCGGCGGCGGCGGCGGCGGCGAGUACGACAGCCCCCAGGCCACCCCCACACGCAAGCGGGCGGUCAUGUCACCGCUGCAGCCGCAGUUCGGCUUCUCCCCGGGCUUCCUGGGCGCCGCCGCCGGCCGGGCUGCCGAGGCCGGCGCCGGCGGCGCCAUGUCCCCGCCACCGCCGCCGGCAGUUGUUGGCGGCGCCGCCACUGGACAGGCCGCGCCGCCCUCCGGAUCCGGAUCCGGAACCGGUGGCGGCGGUGGCGGCGAUGUGCAGCGGCAAGGCAGUGCCUCGCGGCGCCGCCUGGUGGUCGCCGCACACGGCCGCGGCGGCGACGUCGCCGGCGGAGGUGCAGACGCCGCGGCAGCGGCGGCAGAGGGAGAGGAAGUGGUGCACGGUGGGCUGGCGGCGGCGGCGUCGCCGCCGCCGCCUGGCGGCGGCGGUCGGGUGUGGGGCAGCAAUGUGCCGUCGCCGGUGGCGAUGCCGCCGCCGCCGCGGUCGCUGCAGCACGUGGCGGAGGAGCACGGCAUUGUGCUGCCGGGACCCACCACCACCACUACCACCACCACCACCACCAGCAGUGACACCAGCGCCAAACCUGCAGCGGCCAAGGCUGCAUCUGGAGCUGGCGCGGUUACCGGUGCGGGUGCGGGUGGAGGAGCUGCCAACGGCGCGGCCGCGGCGGCCACGGUGGCUGCGCCGGCGGAGGUCUCCAGCACGGGUGCGGCGGCGCUGGCGGCGGCUCCGGGCCCGUUGCAGACUGGGCCGGAGUUUGACAAGGGCGCGGCCGCGGGGGCGAUGGCGGCGUCCGAGCGAGCAGACAGCAUGCCUGCGCCGCCACCACUGAAGCGGCCGCACACCACGCCGGCGGCGGCGGCAGAUGUGGAGGCGGCGGCUGCGGCUGGCGGCGGCUCAGACACCGCCACCACAACUGCUAGCUACCGCCCGGCGCCUCACGGUGCUCCUGCGGCGGCCGCAGAGACACCGGCGAGCAUUACUCCGCCCUUGCCCACCGGCGGUGCCGCGGCUGUCAUGCACGGCGCAGCUGCCAUCCCUGGCAAGCGGGGCCAGGACGCGGGACCACAGCAGCCGCCACCGCUGCCGCCGUCCAAGUCACCACCACCCGCAACUGCAGAGCAGGCGCCGACGCCGCAUGCCCUGGCGCCAUCGGAGGCGGCUGCACCGGCUGCCGUGCGGGACACGGCGGUGGCGGCGGCGGCACCACACACAGGGGGUGGCGGUGGUGGUGAUGGCGGCAAGAAGAAGCAGGGAGGGAGCGGCGGCGGCACCAGCAGCGGUGGCGGCGCGGCGGCGCCCACACCCGCUGCGUCCACUCAUUCCGCUCCCGCUCCCGGCCCAGCCCCUGCUUUGGUUGUGGGGAAGCAAGCGGCCGGCGGUGGCGGCUACAGUGCCAGUGCCGCCGGUGGCACCAUGAGUGCGGGUGCGGGUGCUGUCGAGGGCGUCGGCGGCGGGUCCAAGUCAGUGGGCGCCGACACGGCAGGCACGGCGAGCGCAGGCGGCGGCAGUGCAGGCGGCGGCUCCAAGCACAAGAAGAAGAACCGGCGGCAUUAGUUCCGUGCGAGCAGCGCUGCUGCUGUCCGCAAGGUGGCUGUGGCAGGGGUCGCGGACACGGCAGGGCAGGCUCUGGGGUACACAUCGAACGUGCACAUACGGGACUCGGCAGCUGCGCCCAGUCGGUCAGUUGAUGUGUUCAGUUGUACCGCAGGAGUUGGAUGGACGGAGCGCCCGACGAGCUGCACGCGCAGGGGCUCAGGGCAGGGCCGCAAAGCUUGGGGCGCCAUAGAGGCGGCGCAUUUCAUUGAAGAAUGGCAUGGUUGUUGUUGCGGCACGAAAGAGGGCAAGCCGGUAAGGCGAGAAGCCGCGGCGCACGCGGGGAGGCAAAGGAAGAGGCGUGAACGGUGAAGCGCUUGUGGACGCUGCUCGGUCUGGUCUAUCACAGCAGUGGAGGUAGGGCUCUCCGUCUCCCCUAGCCUUAGUAUGGUGGGGGGCGCACAGUUGACGCUUUUGAGACAGUCGAAUCCAAGCAGCUCAAAGGCCAUGGCUGCCAGGCAGCGGUUUUGAGGGUGCGCGAGGAAGAUGUCUGGGCGUGCGCGACGUCACCGGUCCCU